AUGUCCCUUAGGGUAAUGCCAUUAUUGCCAACCGUUGGGAUACUAAAGCCACUCUCCAGCAAAAGUAUGUUUCAAGCCUAUUGCGCAGAGAAAAUUAAUAAGGUAGAACUAACCCUUAAACGUCCAACAAGCUACCGACGGCUUGGCCUCAUGACUUCACUAAAUGGUAUUUCAGGAGGCGUCGAAAAACUAUAUCCCGAAGAACCCACUCCGGCGUUGGACGUGGUGGAAUCGAGGAAAACUCUCGAUCCCGAUGAAGGUAUUAUCGAACGCGAUGAACAGGGAAACGUGAUCAAUGUUAUAAUUCGCAAGAAUCAUGAAGAAGACACCAAAGUUCUGCCUACGCCAGCGAAAACAGAAGUUGUUAGAGCUCUCGAGAUUCAGGCAGCCGAGGUGUAUACGCAUGAGCGACGUCAAUCCGAGGGUGAAAGACGGUUAUGUGAAGAGUUGAUCAACAAAUACGGAAACGAUUAUCAAUCUAUGUCCAGGGAUAUAAAGAUCAAUACGUACCAACAUACUGCAGCUCAGUUAAAGAAGAAAUGUGAAAAAUAUUUGAAAGAACGAUAA